AUGGACCAAAACCGGAACAGACCAAUACAGGACGAAGAGAAUAGUCUCGCCAGACCGCAGAUUUUCGUACAACUCGCAUUCGGCGUAUCCUGGUCACGGCGACAUUCACCGCAAACUCAUACGCUCACCUAUGUAUCCCGUAAUCUGAAGAACACCAGGGACUCUGGAAAUUUCCCUCGUCAGGUGCCACCACCCGGCACCAAUUUUCUAGCCAUCCCACAGUCCAGUUCACAUCGGCACCGGGAGCAUUCGGAUCGGAAUCAUCAACAGCGACAGCGGCAACAUAGCCGCCACUACGACCACCGUCUCGAGCAGCCCUAUGCGUUAGAUCAUCCCCGCGAACGUGAUCGCCCUCACGACCAAACACUCGACCAAUCAAGCGAGCAAUUCAGAUCCCGCCCAAGACAGGGCUCAAGGGGAGAAACUCGACGAUUACUACCUGAACGAGGAAGGUCAGCCCCGCCCCCGUUUAAUGAUAGUCCUUGGGAUGUUCACCCUGCGUCUGGGUCGGUUCUAUUCCCAUGCCAAGUGCACACUGGUGGGGAUAAUUCGCAAUCAUUGAAAGCGCUGCCGGCGCCGCCGAGUCUAUACCGAUUAGGGGAAGAUGGACUCCCGUGGUCGGCAUGGGCAUGGCCAACGGACCUUCGGGACGACGGCGAGGAUGAGACCAAUUCAGUAGACAACCCGACGGCAACCACGGCCCCCUUCGCGGUUAGGGUCCAGGAGGAUCCCGCGAGAGUACGCGAACUGGAGUCAUUAUCCACGGCCUUGAUGACGGUAGACAACGGUUUCGAAAAUCAAUGGUGGUACCAAGGCCCACGCGAGUCGGUAGCCACAUGGUGUCCUCGGGAGACCGAAGAUAUUGACGAUGCACGAACCAUAAGUACAGCCGAGGCACUACUACCAGACUCGGGACCUCCGUCAUCGACCCUCGGUCCCGGAGACGAGCAGUUAUCAAGUCUCCAUGCGCUCGUAUCGCCAAUCUCCGAUACAUCAACCCCAACACAGAGCUUCCAACCUUUAUACAGAUCACUAACCACGAGGUCGGAGGAGUUGUGGAUGGGGAGUUAA